AUGGGCGGCCCCGUCGUCGUCCUUAGCGACCCUGUCGCCGCCCCUCUACGCCCCUCGCGGCCCCUUCACGGCCCCGUCGCCGCCGCUCUAGGCCCCGUCGCCACCGCUCUAGGCCCCUCGCAGCCCCUUCACAGCCCCGUCGCCGCCGCUCUAGGCCCCGUCGCCGCCGCUCUAGGCCCCUCGCGGCCCCUUCACGGCCCCGUCGCCGCCGCUCUAGGCCCCGUCGCCGCCGCUCUAGGCCCCUCGCGGCCCCUUCACGGCCCCGUCGCCGCCGCUCUAGGCCCCGUCGCCGCCGCUCUAGGCCCCUCGCGGCCCCUUCACGGCCCCGUCGCCGCCGCUCUAGGCCCCGUCGCCGCCCCUAUAGGCCCCUCGCGGCCCCUUCACGGCCCCGUCGCCGCCCCUAGCGGCCCCGUCGCCGCCCCUCUAGGCCCCUCGCGGCCCCUUCGCGGCCCCGUCGCCGCCACUUGCGGACCCGUCGCCGCCCCCCUCUAG